UUCAAUAUCACUAACACUAACAAAACACAUUCAGACCACUCUUUCUCUGAUCUCUCCCUCUCUCUCUCUCUCCCCAAAAAAUAAUGGAAGAUGAAUGCUUAUGCAGCCCUGUUAACUGGGAAAUCUACUUCCACCAAGAGGGAAUGGAGGAGCUGAAGUACGCAAUUUUGCAGACAAGGUUUGAGCUAGAUGCGACGAUUGUGUCUGGAAAAGAGGAGAUUGCGAGACGAGAAUGUGAGUUGAUGGAAGUCAAUGAAGCUCUAAGCAAAGCCAUGAAAGAGAGAGAUGAAUGGCUGGCGCAAUGCCAGAAGCUGGAGCAGGAAAAGAUUGAUGAUCAUGAUCAGCUUCAGCAGAAGAACAAGCGCAAGUACUGUUUGUCAUCAUCAGCAGAGGCUACUGCUUCUUUGUCAUCAAUAAUAUCAUCUGGUUUUUGUGAGGCUGAAGAUGAUGAAGAUGAUGAUGAUAAGAAGAAGAAGAAGAAGAAGAAGAAGAAGAAGAAGAAGAAGAAGGCGUUGCCGGAGAAAGGGAAGCUUCUGAAGGCGGUGAUAGAAGCUGGGCCUCUUCUCCAGACCCUUCUCAUGGCUGGAGGACCCCUACCUCAAUGGCAGCACCCUCCUCCUCUGCUUCACUUCAUUGACAUUCCACCAUUCCCAACUUCUUCUUCUAAUUACUUCCUGCCUUCAAAAUAAAGAUCUAAUCAUCAACUAACAAUGCGUCGGUAAAAUAUAAUAUAUAUAUAUACAUAUGUAUAUGUAUGAGGGAAAUAAAAUGGGGUAAGUUAGUUCCUGUUCAAAUAUGGAUGCGAAUUGAGGAAGCUUUUAAAGGUUAUGUGAUAGUUUUGUGUACACUGAGAUAGGUGCUACUGUAAGGUAAGAAAAAGGCUUCACAUAUUGGCAUUUUAUUUUUUGAGCUUAUACGAAGAUGUCAUCAAUUUGCUCAUCCAAUGCAUGUGUG